CAAAAACCCCCUAAAUACUAAAAACCCUUCUUUCCUUAGAAACAUCGCCCCCCACGACUCCAAAAAGUGGGAGCGAAACACAACACAACACAACACGAGAUCUCAGAAAAGUCUUACAUUAAACACACCAAAGUAGAACCAGAAAAAAACACACACACACAGAGCAAAAAAGAGUUCAGAGAGAGAGAGGGAGAGAGCUUCAGAGAGUUAGAGAGAGAGAGAGAGAGAAGAAACAAAAAUGUCGAUCGCAUUUUGCUUCAUCACUCCCUCAUCAUCUAACGCUUCUCUCUCCAAACCCAAUCCUCACCGUCCGUUCCUCUCUUCCUCAUCACCGCCGCCCACUUCCCUCCACCUCCGUCUCUCUCUCUCACCCGCUUCCCUCUCUCUCCACUACAACAACAACCCCCACCGCCACCUACUCACCGCUUUCUCCACCGCAAACGACGCCGUAUCAUUCCCCGGCGGAGACGACGACAACAACAACAACAACCACAACGGAAACAGCGGCGGAGGUGGCGGCGGAGGAGGAGGCGAUGAGGGGUCGUCGGCGGAGGACAAGAACAGAGAGGAGGCUCUGAUGGUGCUGGCGGAGGCUGGGAGGUCGUUGAAGAAUUUGCCCAAGGACUUGGCCGCGGCGAUCGAGGCCGGGAGAAUCCCCGGCGCGGUGGUGUCGAGGUUUUUGGAGCUGGAGAAGUCGCCGGUGUUGCGGUGGUUGAUGCAGUUCGGUGCGUUCAAGGAGAGGCUGUUGGCUGACGAUCUCUUCCUUGCUAAGGUCUUCAUGGAAUGCGGCGUUGGCAUGUUCACCAAGACUGCUGCAGAGUAUGAACGCCGGAGAGAGAACUUUUUCAAUGAGCUGGAGAUUGUCUUUGCUGAUGUGGUAAUGGCCAUUCUUGCAGAUUUUAUGCUUGUUUUUCUUCCUGCCCCAACUGUUUCCCUCCGACCACCACUUGCAACUAGCGCAGGAACAAUUGCCAAGUUCUUCCAUAACUGCCCUGACAAUGCAUUCCAGGUUGCACUUGCUGGAACAUCAUAUUCAUUUUUACAGAGACUUGGAGCAGUGGUGCGUAAUGGAACAAAGCUUUUUGCAGUUGGCACAGCUUCAUCACUGGUUGGCACAGCAGUGACAAAUGCCUUGAUCAAUGCAAGGAAGGCUGUUAAUAAGGAUUCUGCAGCUGAAGUGGAAAACGUGCCUAUAAUAUCCACCAGUGCUGCCUAUGGUGUCUAUAUGGCAGUUUCUAGCAAUCUCCGGUACCAAAUACUAGCUGGUGUUAUUGAACAGCGGAUUUUGGAACCCAUGCUACACCAGCACAAACUUUGGCUGAGUGCCUUCAGUUUUGCUGUUCGGACAGGCAACACAUUCUUGGGUUCAUUAUUGUGGGUUGAUUAUGCUCGUUGGAUAGGAGUACAAUAACUUCAGGAGUAAAAAAACGGCUGCAUUUUCUUGUUUGAUUGUGAAUUUUGGAUUGGUUUGGCCCAUUAUAAGGUGAUGAUUCAUAAAUUAGUUAAAACUGAUAUCGAUUCAGUUUACAAAAAGUUUCUCUUAGAUACAUAGGUCUUUCGGAUAUUCAUACAACUGUUCAAGGCUGAGCUGACAGUUUGUGUUUGAUACACCUUUUUCCAAUUAUUCCAAUUUAAUUUUUUUCCCCUUAAGUCCCUUUCAAUUACUACUGUAAGGAUUCUGACACUGAUAAAUUUAGACCAGGGCUUUUGCUGUUCAAGGAGAAUUAAAUAUCGUUUAUGUA